AUGGCAGCUGCAAGUGUGACCCCCCCAGGCUCUUUGGCACUGCUACAGCCUGGCUUCUCCAGGACGCUGCUGGGCACCAAGCUGGAGGACAAGUAUCUGUGCUCAGCCUGUGGGAACGUGCUGCGCCGGCCCGUGCAGGCCCAGUGUGGCCACCGCUACUGCUCCUACUGCCUGGCCAGCAUUCUGAGUUCCGGGCCGCAGAACUGCGCCGCCUGCAUGCAAGAAGGCAUUUACGAGGAAGGCAUUUCUAUCUUGGACAGCGGCUCGGCUUUUCCAGACAAUGCUGCCCGCAGGGAGGUGGAGGGCCUGCCGGCCAUCUGUCCUCACAGUGGGUGCACCUGGACCGGAACAGUCAAGGACUACGAGAGUGGCCAUGAAGGACACUGCCCAUUCAUGCCGACCGAGUGCCCUGCCUGCAAGGCCACCAUACUUUUGGGUGAGCAGGAACGCCAUGCCCAGCUCGAGUGCCCGGAGCGCUGCCUCAGCUGCCCACAUUGUCAAGCCGUGUGCAGCAGAGCCGAACUACAGAUGCACAGUGAAGUCUGCCCCAAGUUGCCCCUGACCUGUAACAGCUGCGACGAGAGGAAGAUCCCACGAGAGAAGUUCCAGGACCACGUCAGGACCUGCGGCAAGUGCACAGUGCCCUGUCGCUUCCAGUCCCUGGGCUGCUCUGACAUGAUGGAGAGUGAGCAGCGGAUGGAGCAUGAGGCCCUGCGGCUUCGGGAGCACCUGGCCUUGCUGCUGGACCGUGUGCUGGAGGCGAAGCGUCUCCCUGAAGAUGGGAACUGGGUGCCGGGGCUCCCCGAGCCGGCAGACCUCCUGGACAGGUGUGAUAGCCUCGAGAGGAAGACGGCCACGUUCGAGAACAUCGUCUGUGUCCUGAACCGCGAGGUGGAGCGGGUGGCCAUGACGGCAGAGGCCUGCAGUCGGCAGCACCGACUCGACCAGGAGAAGAUUGAGGCCCUCAGCAGCAAGGUGCAACAGCUGGAGCGGAGCAUCGGCCUGAAGGAUCUGGCUAUGGCCGACCUAGAGCAGAAGGUCCAAGAGAUGGAGGCGGCCACCUACGACGGUGUCUUCAUCUGGAAGAUCACUGACUUUGCCCGGAAGCGCCAAGAGGCCGUGGCUGGCCGCUCGCCUGCCAUCUUUUCCCCAGCCUUCUACACGAGCAGGUACGGCUACAAGAUGUGUCUGCGCAUCUACCUGAACGGAGACGGCACCGGGCGGGGUACCCACCUGUCUCUCUUCUUUGUGGUGAUGCGAAGCCCCAAUGACGCCCUACUACGGUGGCCUUUCAACCAGAAGGUGACGCUCAUGCUGCUAGACCAGAACAACCGGGAGCACGUCAUCGACGCCUUCCGGCCCGACGUGACAUCAUCAUCCUUCCAGCGGCCGGUCAGCGACAUGAACAUCGCCAGCGGCUGCCCCCUCUUCUGCCCCAUCUCCAAAAUGGAAGCCAAGAACUCGUAUGUGCGCAACGACGCCAUUUUCAUCAAGGCCAUUGUGGACCUAACAGGCCUCUAG